CAAUCGGAGUCAUUCUACAUCGCGUUCUAAACGGCGUCGUCCCGCUCGUGCUCCCCACACGUCACUUGAACUAUUCAUUUGUACUUUUGCCACCCGAAACAUAAUAACUCUCUCACUCUCAAUCCAGAAGCGGAGGCCGAGCGAGUCAGUGACUCAGUGAGUUGGGUAGAGUUGAAUUAUAAAUGGCGUUCACAGCCAGAGCGGUGAAGGUGCCACCAAACUCGGCGAGCCUGGAGGAAGCUCGUAGCCGCGUUUUCGACUUCUUUAGGACUUCGUGCAGAUCAAUACCUUCUGUAAUGGAAAUCUACAACCUCGACGACAUCGUUUCCAAGUCUCAGCUCCGCUCCACUAUCGCCUCCGAGAUCCGCAAGAACGCGCACAUCACAAACCCUAAGGUGAUUGAUAUGCUUCUUUUCAAGGGAACAGAAGAGCUGAACAAUAUUUUGGAGCAUGCUAAGCAGCGGCAUCACAUGAUUGGUCAAUAUGUGGUGGGUCGUGAAGGGCUUGUGCAGGACCGGGAUCCUAAGGAUGAGGGAAUGUCCAGUUUUCUCAAGAACUUUUAUAAGAGCAAUUACUUUUGAACAUUGGUUGAUCCAUCCACAUGGAGAUUGCAUUUGGGUAUAAACCUCCCAAAUGACAACAAACUUAGCAUUGUUUGUGUAUCUCUCUGUUGGAUAAAAUUUCUUCCAUUUCUUUGCCCUUUUUCGAGCACAGUGUUGAAACCAAAUGACUAUAUUUUGAUGUAGUACACAGUGUUUCCAUAAAUCAGGUAGUGUUAAUGCUGCUGAAUGAUAUGCUUCUUCUUCUUGUUA